AGAGGGACGGUGAGCUGCAGUCUGCGGAGGCGGUUUCCGUUUCCCGUGCGCCGCCCGCCAGGAGGGUCCCCGGGCAGCCAGCUGCGUGCCCUUAGCCUUUGGCUGUGCCUGGUCCUGUUUCAAGUGGAGGGAGGUGUUAACUGCUUGAUUCCGCUCUUACAAGUUCAUCAUUUGCUUCAGGGAGAAAAGAAGAAUCCAUCUCUUGUGCUUGAGCCAAAAGGAUAUUCUGGAUGAUCUUUGAAUAGAAGAGCACAAUGCCUUUCUUGCAUGGCUUCCGCAGGAUCAUUUUUGAGUAUCAGCCAUUGGUAGAUGAGAUCUUGGGAUGUCUGGGGAUACAGGAUCCUGAGAAGCAGGAAACUCUAGAGAGGAGAAAUGCAUGGAGCUCUAACAAUGGGCCAUUUUUCUGUGUCUCAAGCCCCAGCUGCCUAGCUGAAGACAGCAGCAAAUUCUUGGUCCUCAACAAGCUGUUGGAGAGAGAGACCCACUCCGCAUUCUACCAAGAAGGAGUGAGCUACUCCUUGCUGAAGGUAGCUGAACUUGGGCUGGUGAAUGCAGCUGAAAUCCUCCUGCAGAAUGGGGCCAAUCUUAUCUUUGAAGAUCCUGUCACCUAUUACACAGCUCUGCACAUCGCUGUUCUCCGAAACCAGCCGGACAUGGUGGAGCUGCUUGUGCACCGUGGGGCGGACAUUAACCGGAGAGAUCGGAUUCACGAGAGCAGCCCCCUGGAUCUUGCCAGUGAGGAGCCCGAGCGGCUGCCAUGUUUGCAGCGUCUCCUGGAACUCGGUGCCGAUGUCAAUGCGGCUGACAAAAAUGGAAAGACAGCCUUACUGCAUGCCUUGGCCAGCAGCGAUGGAGUUCAGAUCCACAACACUGAAAACAUCCGGCUCCUGUUGGAAGGAGGAGCAGACGUGAAGGCCACCACGAAAGAUGGCGACACUGUCUUCACCUGCGUCAUCUUCCUGCUUGCCGAGACGGUGGGCGGGGACAAAGAGGAGGCGCGAAUGAUCAACCGCUUCUGUUUCCGGGUCACCCAGCUGCUGAUGGCCCACGGCGCUGACCCCAGUGAGUGCCCAGCCCGUGAGUCCCUCACCCACAUCUGCCUCAAGAGCUUCAAGCUCCACUUCCUGCUCCUACGCUUCCUGCUGGAGUCGGGGGCCUCCUACAACUGCUCCCUCCAUGGCCCCUCAUGCUGGUCGGGCUUUCACGUGGUCUUUGAGAGACUGUGCUCCCACCUCAGCAGCUCGGAAGACGACAGCUUCUCCGCUGACCUCCUGCAAAAAGCAGAAACGGUCCUAGAGCUCAUGGUGGCCAGCUCGCAGAUCCCCAAACUGCCCAGCAACUUUGACAUCAGCUCCACCAGCUGCAGGUUCCAUGGGGAGAAGAUCAAGGCCCUUUUCUACUCCCUGAAGCAGCUACAGCACGCGCCACAGGCCCUGAAACAUCUCUGCAGGGUGUAUAUCCGGCAGCGCCUCAAACCGUGGCCAGUGGAUGUGAAGAUCAAGGCCCUUCCGCUUCCCGACAGGCUAAAGUGGUAUCUCCUCAUAGACCACGGCAGUGCUGGUGAGGAGGACAUCUGAGCCAGGCAGGGGGCAGACCUGGAAUCCUCACUCCAGUCCCUCCCCCAAACACUCCAGUGACUUGGUUUCCCCACCUGGAAGAGCAAGAGGUUCCUUAUGGUCCAGAUCAGCUUCCUCCACUGCCAGCCAGUGCUUUGUUUGAUCACACCACGCUGUCCACAAAUACCGGGGCCUGGCUUCUCUGGGAAGGGAUACCCUCAAUAGCAUGUUACCUGAAUCCCCAUGAAGUGUGAUUUGGGGUGGGAGGGCAGAGGGGUAAGUGGAUUGGGCUGGUCAUCUGGACUUUGUGCCUUUACGAGCGAUGAGCAUUGGUAAGAAGGCUGCUUUGCAGGGAUGUACAAGAAAUGCCUGCCUGGAUUUGGGAUCAUGGGCCCAGUCUGAGGAGCAGAGAUUCAGGCGAUGCACCCCACAGGUUGCGCGACUGUGCCGUCUUGUUUGAAUAAGGCCGAGGAACAAACAUUCCUCCUCUCCCUUCUCCGCCCACCGUGCAGGAAGGGCUGAAGUGGUGCCUCAGGCGAAUGGCGGCUUCCAACGCUGCCGUCUCCUGGGAGUGCAGCCCGGGACAGGAAGAAACCACGACCUGCUGGAGAAAUUGUUCAGCGAGCGCCUCCUCGAUAAGCUAUGCGGGCGGUUUCCCCUCGGGCCAGGCCCAAGCGCGGGCGGUGCUGUCUGAGGGAUUGAUGGCCUUUUGCCACACCCCUCUGUGCAGAGCCUGGAGCAGGCUCGGCUCUCCCAAUGCUUGGAAAGCAGGAGACGUGGCACUAGGCAGCCUGGGCCACAUGCCAGAGGAGCAACUAACUUCACCCAGGAUUUCAAGGGCCAUAGUCACGCUCCUCUCGCAACAGCUUGUCCGCUUGUUGUACCACCUGCCGGGACUAAACGAAGAGCAGGGAGAGGUUGGCGUUCCCUCUCUUUUCCCCAGGCAUCUGCCAAGCGGUGGGGGCGAAGGCUGGUGCCCCGGUGAUCUGGGGGGGGCCUUGGGCUCAGCGAAACCUUUACAAAGGAGAGGGAAGCGGCAGGGCUGGGGGCAGCAUCUGACUCUAGCUCAGGGCUUUGCAAGCUGCUGAUAUUGCAAGUGGAGGGUGGCACCCGGAAAUGAUGGGUUUGUGAAAGGAUGUGCUCAGGGGCAAGGAGGAGACUGUAGGAACAGUGCUAACAGGGGGCCUGGUUGUGGAUUCCCAGGCCAGGCAGUCCUUUUGGCUUAGUCUAGUGGCACAUUCAGCCCGGCUCCUACAGUUCGGGGGGUUUUAGUGCAGCUCUCCACUCUGCGCCUUGGGUGUGGUGGCCAAGUCUACUGGAGCAGAGGAGCCUCUAAGCUUGUUUCCAGCUGAGGCUCCACUGACCCUCCCCGUGUGUCUUGGGCUGGAGGUGCCUCCUCCUGGAGGCCACGCACCUUGGCCAAAGGAGCACUUUGCAGCACUCGCAAAAAGAAAAGGAGUACUUGUGGCACCUUAGAGACUAACCAAUUUAUUUGAGCAUAAGCUUCCGUGAGCUACAGCUCACUUCAUCGGAUGCAUACUGUAGCUCACGAAAGCUCAUGCUCAAAUAAAUUGGUUAGUCUCUAAAGUGCCACAAGUACUCCUUUUCGUGAAUACAGACUAACACGGCUGUUACUCUGAAACCUUUGCAGCACUCGAAGCCCUGGCAACAAAGGGUUGGGGCUCUCGUUUUCUUUGGUUUGUGCCCUGCUAAACCCUAGGUGUGAUCUCAGCCCUGGGGCUGCAGAGAUGAAAGGCUGAGUCACAGCACCAUCCACUCAGGGCAGGUUUCCUUCCAGUGUGUUAAUUUCUCUAAGUGCCAAAGCCAAACAGCUGCUAAGCCAUUCUCACCCCCUGGGAGAAAAAGCAAAGUCUCCAGUGAGGAAAUCCACUGUGAUUUGCCUAUAAUUACCAGCUAGGCAUGAAAAGCCUUCAAGUAAUUGUGGCUAACGUUUCAGCUGGAUACAACAUGAGGCUGUUCCUCCCGGGCCAUCACUUCCACCCAUUUGUUAACACUCAUGGCAGGGCAAGAAUAUGCAAUUCACUUUCCUGCCAGAAUCCAUCCACCCGAUGUCUUCGCCCCUCCACCCGUACCCCCAACACUUCACAGAAGCAGCUGACGAUCAUAUUGACAAAUGGGUGUAAAAUGGAACACUGUGUCAGUGUCUUGCUGAGAUCAAGCCAUUAAACAUGACCUGUUGUAAUAGAAAA